AAAGAACCCACUAUAUUUCCAUUUCAUCACGGAUGCGGUGGCGUACAGGAUCCUCAGCAAACUGUUCCAGACCUGGAUGGUUCCCUCUGUAUACAUCAGUUUUUAUGAUGCAGAUGAGUUGAAGCCUAUUGUCGCCUGGAUUCCUAACAAACAUUACUCUGGCAUUUACGGACUGAUGAAGCUGGGCCUGACCAACGUCCUGCCGGCUAACCUGAGCCAGGUCAUUGUGCUGGACACAGACAUUACCUUUGCCACCGACAUUGCUGAACUUUGGGCGAUCUUCCGCAAAUUCACAGAUAAACAAGUAAUUGGGCUAGUGGAAAAUCAGAGUGACUGGUAUCUGGGAAAUCUUUGGAAAAACCAUAAGCCGUGGCCAGCACUGGGCAGAGGCUUUAACACUGGUGUGAUCCUGCUUCUGAUGGACAGGCUGCAGAGGAGAGGCUGGGAACAGAUGUGGAGGUUGACUGCCGAACGGGAGCUGAUGAGUAUGUUCUCAACAUCGCUGGCUGAUCAGGAUAUUUUUAAUGCUGUUAUUAAGCAGAACCCAUCCAUAGUGCAUCAGCUGGCUUGUUUCUGGAACGUGCAGUUAUCAGACCACACACGAUCCGAACUCUGUUACACUAAAGUCUCAGAUCUGAAGGUUAUCCACUGGAACUCCCCUAAAAAGCUGAGAGUCAAGAACAAACAUGUGGAGUUUUUCCGGAAUCUGUACUUGACAUUCCUGGAAUAUGAUGGGAAUCUGCUGCGUCGUGAGCUCUUUCGGUGUCCCAGCCAGACCAGCACAGGAAGACAACGGUUGCAGAGAAUGCUGGAGGAGCUGGAUGAGGAUGACCAAUGCUAUGAUUUUCGACGUGAGCGGAUCACUGAUCACCGGACCCAUCUAUACUUCCUGCAUUAUGACUUCACUGACAACAUGGACGAAGCUGGUGUUACACUGGUCACCCAGCUUUCCAUGGACAGGUUACAGAUGGUGGAAGCAAUUUGCAAGCACUGGGAAGGCCCUAUCAGCUUGGCGCUCUAUCUGUCUGAUGCAGAGGCUCAGCAGUUCCUUCAGUAUGCACUGGCUUCCCAGGUGCUGAGGAAUCGCAGGAAUGUUGGCUACCAUAUAGUGUACAAGGAGGGUCAGUUCUACCCUGUGAACUUGCUACGAAACAUUGCACUGAAGCAAGUAAACACCCCGUAUGUCUUUUUGACAGACAUUGAUUUUCUGCCAAUGUAUGGGCUCCAUCAAUAUCUCAGGAAGUCCAUCAUCCAGCUGGAGUUGGACAGUGAAAAGAAGGCACUGAUUGUUCCAGCGUUUGAAACAUUGCGCUAUCGUCUUUCGUUCCCAAAAUCCAAAGCAGAAGUGCUCUCGAUGCUUGACAUGGGGACUCUUUACACAUUCAGGUACCAUGUCUGGACUAAGGGACAUGCUCCAACCAAUUUUGCCAAAUGGCGCACAGCGACCACUCCGUAUAAAGUGGAGUGGGAGGCAGAUUUUGAGCCUUAUGUUGUAGUAAGGCGAGAUUGUCCAGAGUAUGAUCAGAGAUUUGUUGGAUUUGGAUGGAAUAAAGUGUCUCAUAUCAUUGAACUUGAUGCUCAGGAGUAUGAGCUGAUGGUCCUCCCCAAUGCAUACAUUGUCCACAUGCCCCAUGCUCCCAGCUUCGACAUCUCCAAGUUCCGCUCCAGCUCACUUUAUCGCAAAUGCCUGAGAACACUGAAAGAAGAAUUUCAUCAGGAUAUAUCCCGAAAGUACGGUUCCACAGCACUAAAAUAUCUGACAGCAGAGCAGAGCAUCUAGAGGCCUCUACUGAAAGCUGCACCUUGUUCGGAACAGGCUUUAGGAAUAGGCCCCGUACAUACACAUUGUACCAGGCUAUUUAUCUGUAUUGUAGGGAUCAAUACAGGCACACUAUAUGCAGCUCCCUGUAUCUACAUGUUUUGGCUCAAUGUAGAUUGGGACGUAACUGAAUGUAAACUUUGGACAAUUGGCUGAGUUUUCUAUCUUUUUUCUCUCUAUUUAAAUUAUACAAUUUCGGAACAUGUAAGUAGUGAUUUUUUUUAGAAAUAGUAAAGUGGGUUUUGCUGUUUGCCCACAACCUGUGUAUUAAUACACUUGUUCAGUGUGGAAGCAUCACAUACAGAACUAUGUUCUGAGGCAGCCUUGUUACUCUUCAAGAUUAACCCUUUCUUAUAGUAUAAUUGUCCAGCCAUUUCUCUGCUUUCCAUGAGACUUGCAGUGAGCACAAGGUGGGUAUCAAAUGGUUAACAGUUGGUAUGAGUAAAGGUAGUGUGUGAAAUUAUGUUACCAUUAUCAUAACCUGUACUAGACUGGUACUGUCCUUGAUUGUAGUUCUGAAUCUGGUUAAGCAUUGAUGGCUUCUAAACCUCACGGCCAUAAACAUUGUCAAUUGCCUCCAGCCUGCCAGCACUCCCAAUGAUGGAGGGAAUUGCCAGCUCCUGCCUGAAAAUAUGGUUUUAUGAUGUAUUAGAUUUUCGGCAUCAAAUCCUGGCAUAGCAUGCCAGAACCAGUGACACACUUGGGAUCACCUGGAUACAGAAAAACUUCUUCCUGUUCCCGUGACUGUUUGUUGGUCCCAAAGUGGAUGAUGGCGCUGUUGGAAUGGGAUUUGGGACAAUGGUAAUUUCUAAUCCUGUACAUUCCUAUGUUCCUAUGGAAUGGUUUAAUGAUGCUUCUGUUUUUCUAAUCACCCAAAACUGUCUUUUCUGCCAAGGUGGAUGCUCUGGAAUAGAAUGGCUCUCUGUUCAUUCUGCUGUUAUACUGUUACACUUGACUGUACUUGGAACUUGUCCUGAAGCAAGGCUGUAGUUUCUUCCAUAGUUUGAGUAAAACAAAAAAAAUUUCUGCAGAGAAAUUUGGAUAAUUGCUAUAAAUCAAAAUUUUCUCAUUAAAACUGAUCUUAGUU